CACUUUUUCAUUAGCGCACUGUUUUUCACGUUGUACUGUUAGGGUGCAGAAGGUCAGGGUGUGAAAGAAAGGUUACCUCGACCUACGCAUGCUGCUACUUUUUUAUUUCUAGAAAUUAUCAGCUGCUGUUACCAUCGAAUUUCUGCUGUCAUCUUUUAACAAUGGCUGCCUCUAAUGACCUGGAGAAGCUGCGGAUGACCGGGGCUGGAAAGGCUAUAGCAGUGCUGACCAGCGGAGGAGAUGCACAAGGUAUGAAUGCAGCAGUUCGUGCAGUGACCCGCAUGGGCCUGUAUGUUGGAGCAAAAGUUUAUUUGAUUUAUGAGGGUUAUGAAGGUCUGGUGGAAGGAGGAGAGAAUAUUAAGAAGGCCAACUGGUUGAGCGUCUCUAACAUAAUUCAGCUGGGUGGAACUGUUAUUGGCAGUGCUCGAUGCAAAGCUUUCAUGACCCGUGAGGGGCGACUGCUUGCUGCUCACAAUCUGGUGCAACAUGGAAUUACUAACUUGUGUGUCAUUGGGGGUGAUGGCAGCUUGACCGGCGCAAACAUUUUCCGGACGGAAUGGAGUGGACUGCUACAGGAUCUUGUAGCACAGGGUAAAAUCUCCCAAGAUGUUGCCAGAAAGUACUCCCACCUCAACAUUGUUGGCUUAGUAGGAUCCAUUGAUAACGACUUCUGCGGUACAGAUAUGACUAUUGGCACAGAUUCUGCAUUGCACAGGAUUAUGGAGGUGAUCGAUGCCAUAACAACAACAGCUCAGAGCCACCAGAGGACUUUUGUUCUGGAGGUUAUGGGCAGACAUUGUGGGUACUUGGCUCUUGUGUCUGCAUUGGCGGCUGGUGCUGACUGGCUCUUCAUUCCUGAAGCUCCUCCUGAAGAAGGCUGGGAGGAUGCGUUGUGUGCAAGACUUGGAGAGAGUCGAAGUGGAGGUUCUCGCCUAAACAUUGUUAUCAUAGCAGAAGGAGCAAUUGACAGGAAUGGGAAACCCAUUACGUCCAAAUAUGUUAAAGAUCUUGUGGUAACGCGACUGGGAGUGGAUACAAGGGUGACCGUCUUAGGCCAUGUCCAGCGAGGAGGAACACCUUCAGCAUUUGAUCGGGUAUUGAGUAGCAAAAUGGGAGUUGAAGCAGUGAUUGCCCUUCUGGAAGCUACGCCUGAUACACCUGCCUGUGUAGUAAGUCUGUCCGGAAACCAGGCCGUGCGUUUGCCCCUUAUGGAAUGUGUCCAAAUGACAAAAGAAGUGCAGAAAGCCAUGGAUGAGAAAAGAUUUGCUGAAGCAGUUCAACUAAGAGGAAGGAGUUUUGAAAACAACUGGAACAUCUAUAAGUUGCUUGCGCACCACAAGCCAUCACAAACAAAGACGAGGUACAGUCUAGCUGUUUUAAAUGUUGGUGCUCCUGCUGCUGGAAUGAAUGCUGCAGUUAGAUCAGCUGUCAGAAUUGGACUCUCUCAAGGACAUACUGUUUAUAUGGUGAAUGAUGGAUUUGAAGGCUUGGCCAAUGGGCAGAUUAAGACUGCACAAUGGAGAGAUGUGGCAGGUUGGACCGGACAAGGUGGCUCUUUGCUAGGAACAAAAAGGACCCUCCCUAACACAUUUUUGCCUAAGAUUGUUGAUAAUAUUCGGAAGUACAACAUUCAAGGUCUGCUUGUUGUUGGAGGGUUUGAGGCAUAUGAAGGUGUCUUGCAGCUUGUCGAGGCCCGAGCACACUAUGACGAGCUCUGUAUGGUAAUGUGUGUUAUACCAGCUACGAUUAGUAACAACGUACCAGGAAUCGACAUCAGUCUGGGCUGUGAUACUGCAGUCAAUGCUGCCAUGGAGAGCUGUGACCGUAUCAAACAGUCUGCCUCUGGUACAAAGCGGCGUGUGUUUGUUGUAGAAACAAUGGGAGGCUACUGUGGCUACUUAACCACUAUGGCUGCUAUUGCUGUGGGUGCUGAUGCUGCCUAUGUUUUCGAAGAUCCUUUUAGCAUUCGUGAUCUGAAGGCCAAUGUGGAGCAUUUGACAGAAAAGAUGAAGACAGAAAUUCAGAGAGGCCUUGUCCUCAGGAAUGAAAAAAGCCAUGAACACUACACAACCGAGUUCAUAAACAACCUGUAUUCGUCUGAGGGGAAAGGCAUCUUUGACUGCAGAAUGAAUGUCCUGGGGCAUCUGCAGCAGGGAGGAGCUCCAACAGCAUUUGAUCGGAACUAUGGCACAAAGCUGGGAGUUAAAGCUGUAUUCUGGAUUACAGACCAGUUUCGAGAAAAUUAUCGUCAGGGUCGUGUUUUUGCAAACUCUCCAGAGUCUGCAUGUGUUAUCGGACUCCGGAAAAAGGCAGUGCUUUUCAGUCCAGUCACAGAAAUAAAGAAUGAAACUGACUUUGAGCACAGGAUGCCAAAGGAGCAAUGGUGGUUAAAACUUCGUCUGAUAAUGAAGAUGUUAGCCCAUUACAAAAUCAGCUUUGAAAACUAUGACACGGGAAAGAUAGAACACGUUACCAGAAGAACUCUCAGUAUCGACAAAGGAUAUUAAGAUGUACUGACGCAUGAUCGACCAAAUGUUGGGUGUAUUCAUCUGUUAAAGUAGUGAACUGUUUUUCCUAAAUCGGUUAGCUUAAUCAAAAAGAAGGAUAUUUCUGCAUUCAUAGUUAUCAACACUCCCAAACUCUUGACUUCCUGUUAAACAAUGCAAGCGAGUUUAGAAGCUUAGCAUGUGCUGAGUUCAUUGUUAGGCACAGACAGAAAAUUGCAUAGACAUUUUUUAUGUAUCUUUUAAAAGUGUUUAUUUAGGAGAUUUUUAGGCCAUAAACACACUGGAAUGUUCCCACAUUCUCAAAGGUUAGCUUUUGCUGCUAUUUUAGCGUUUACCAGUCGAAGCUGUAAUUGACAAGUUGUUUAUGACGCAUCAUACUGGAAAGUUGUGGACCAAACAGCAUAGACUGGCAAAGGACACUUCAGCAACUAAAGCUAUACAGAUAUUAUUGUCACUUGUAGCAUUGUUAGCAGUUCAUUUGCUCAUGAAAACAAAGCACUAAUUCUUCAUUUAGAGAUUUGGAUUCAAAUCUUUGCAUUGUUCAGUAUUUAAAAUUGUUCUGUUGCAGUUGGAUUUUUUAUUUUAAAGAACUGCAUCCAGGUCUGUUUUCCAGUACUUAGUUUUCCAGCACCGUGAUGUAAAUGUGUAUAAUACUUGUGUAUGUCUUGUAUUAGAAAAUUAAUUUUUUAAGCCUCUCUGCCUUAUAGAAGGUUUGUUUCCAGUCUCUAAGGUUUUCUUUACCUGGAUUUGUUUUACAUGUUCACCUCUAAUACAGAUAAGAAUUUUACCUGCUUCAAAAUAUAUUUUUUAAUUUUGAUCUUUGUAAUAAUUUUUAAAAAAUGAAAAAUAGUACUCAUUUUCAGUCUCAAAAGUUUUUUGUUACCUGUAUUUUUGUACUUUUUAUCUCAAAGUACAGGUAAGAAAUACACCUGCUUCAAAGUAGCAGUUUUUAAAGUUUUGAUCUUCAUAACAGACUUGGAAAAUAGUACCCCACAGGCACAGGCCCCUUUCUUACAGUAACUUAGCGCUUUGAAAGUAGCAACUGUAGGCAGAUUUACAAAUUUACAAAAGCUUAAGUGUGUGUGUAUCUCAGUGCCAGCACAAGCAUGCACAUUUAUGUCUUUGUAUGUUGAGAUAAACACGGAACUCCAGGUAGCAGAUUUUGAAUCUUAAAGUUAGGGCACUGUACCUUUGAUUUGUCCUGUUCAUAUCCUUUAAAGAAAAUCACUAAACUUGUCAUUGUUUAGAAAAAGUCAGAAUUCACAUUUCUGCUCAGAUUUAUGUAUGGUCUGUCUUGAGACAAAAAAAAAUUAGUCAAAACAUGUAUUUUAUGUGGAUGGGGUGUGUUGAAUUAAACCCUGUCAAAAUAAAAUCCAUUAUAUUCCUUCUGUAUAAUACAGUUGUAAAACCUGUGUAUAUUUUACACUCAUGAAAGUAUUCCUGGAGACAUGUCUUACAAAAAUGCAUUUAAAUCCUGAUUUAUUAAUUUUUUCCCAUGUAAUUGUACAGUUAACCUUGACAAUGCUUAAUAAUAAAUCUUGAAAUGGUCA